UAUAGCGCUCGAGCUCCAUUGAAAGUGGCUCCCCUGUUCAGAGGCAGUGCAGGCGGACAAGGGGGCGGACCGGCGAGAGGAAACUUGACAGAAGACAAUAGCAGUCACUCCUCUGACCUCCAUAUAACUGUUAUUAUUUAUCAGCGGUAAUAUAGCUGAAGACAGGCAACUGUGCUCGCUGACAGACGCGCCAGCGGUUGCGACGGCGGCGCGCCCAGCGAAGGAAUAACGUUAGCAGGAAAACGGAGUGAAAGGUGAAGCGAAGGCACGUUUGGGAAGAGGAGAAGGAGGACAGUAACAAGCAAGCGGACUCAGCCACAGGUAGCCCUACGUUAGCUGUCGUGGCAGAAGAUAUCAAAGUGCAGGCGGGUCUCCGGUCGCCGAUCGGAGCGCCGCGAGAAGAAGCAGAAAACAGAAGAACCAGACUGCUCUGCCUCCCUGUCAGUCCGUCCCAGCGGGCUCAUAGUCACAGGGAAGAGCCACCAUGUCCCGGAGAAAGCAGAGCAAACCCCGGCAGAUAAAGCGUUCCCUCGGGGAUCUCGACGGCGGUGAAGAAAACACACCGGACAACCUCAGCCUAUCAGGAGAGGAGGGAGGAGCCUCGGACCCAGAUGAUUCAGCGGAGGGCGACAGCUCCAGCCCCCCACCGUACAUAUCACUGUACAAUGAAGAGCCCAGGACACAGGACUCUCGAGGAGGGCCCGAUGAUGAAGACGAGGACGGGGAGGAGCAAGGUCCGACGCACAGUGGCGGGGAGGAGGAAGAGGAAGGGGAGGAAGAAGAGGAGGCGUUACAGUGGAGGGGUCCAGAUGACCUGGAGUUAAGUGAAGAAGGUGGUGACAGCAGGGUGGUGGCCGGCAGGGACCUCCUUGCAGACACAACGUGGGGCCCAUACCCAGGAAUCCUCCAAUCAGAGGGCAGCCCAAAUGAUCAGGAAACAGAGAGUUCUAGGUUGACUCUGGUGUGUGAGGAUCCACACUGUUGGAUUUGUCUGCUCCCUCUGACCUCUGACGUCCUUGCUGCCAACUGUACCAUCUACAGCCAAGGUGAGGAUUUGUUCUGUAAGUUAACCAGAGAGCUUGCAGCUGGUGAAAGGCUCCUGGCUUUCCUGUCACCUUCUCCGGACUCCUCCUCCUCCCCGUUGGCCCAGCUCUCUCCUCCGCUCAGCCUCGUCACCCAGAAACAACCUGUGGUGAAGGAGGAGAUGUUGUAUCCGGCGUCGCUGCACUCAGACAUCCAGCUCCUCCCACAGCAAGCUGGCAUGGCCGCGAUCUUGGCUACUGCCGUUGUAAAUAAGGACAUUUUCCCAUGCAAGGACUGUGGGAUCUGGUACCGCAGUGAGAGGAACCUACAGGCACACCUUAUGUACUACUGUGCCAGCCGUCAAAAGCAGCCAGCCGCAGCCUCGUCCCCUCCGCAAGACAAACCCAAGGAGUCCUACCCCAAUGAGCGCAUCUGCCCCUUUCCACAGUGCAACAAGAGCUGCCCUAGUGCCAGCUCGCUGGAGAUCCACAUGCGCACACACAGUGGUGAGCGUCCGUUUGUCUGUCUCAUCUGUCUGUCAGCCUUCACCACUAAAGCAAACUGUGAGCGCCACCUUAAGGUCCACACAGACACACUGAACGGGGUGUGUCAUGGCUGUGGUUUCGUCUCCACCACAAGGGACAUCCUCUACAGCCAUCUGGUCACCAGCCACAUGGUUUGCCAGCCUGGAUCUCGCAGUGAGGUCUACUCCCCAGGGCCUGGCCUUCCCAAGCUGCCCCUGUCCACUGGUCUCAGUCCAGGAGACUCUGGUGUGGUGCUUAGGUGUCAAGUGUGCGGCCACAACUCUGACUCCCCAGCCCAGCUUCAGCAGCAUGUACGAACCCACCUAGAGGUCAGGGUUCCAGCCGAAAGGAGCCCCACCCCGCGCCAAAGUACCCCUUCAUCAGUUGACCACCCCCAGCUCCAGCCGUCGCCCCAGGAGAGGGAGCCCCUAGCUUGUGUUCCUAAGCCAGACUCAUCCAGCCCGGGCGCAAACGGUGGCUCAGCCACGCCUCGAGACUAUAGUCCUCCUGAUGCUCCAACCACUGAUCUAAAGAUCAAAGAGGAGCCUCAUUCAGACUCCGAGACAGAAGAGCAGCACAUGGAGAUUAAGGAGGACGGAGAGGGGGGGGAGGAGGAGGAGGAGGAGGAGCAGGAGGAAGAGGAGGAGGUUGGUGAAGAGGAGGGGGAUCAAGAAGCAAGAAGAAAAACAAAGGAAGAGCAAACGGGGACCUCCUCCUGCCAGACAUCGAAAUCGCCGAAGAGUCCAGCCAACACAUCCGUGAAGGCAGAACCAACUAGUCCCACCCCGGGUUCUAGCCCUGCCCAUGUGGGAGGUACAGGGUCAGUUCUACCAGGAGGAGCAAUGUUCUUGCCUCAGUACAUGUUUAAGCCCGAGGCAGCCAUUUUGCCUCAGGCCUCAGAGAUACUGGCUAAAAUGUCAGAGAUGGUCCACAGCCGUCUGAAACAGGGCCAGACAGUUCCUCAGACCAACCCAGCGGCCUUCUUCCCCUCUGGACCGACUGCACCUACAGCUGCAGCCACUCCGCCUCACAAAGGAGCCACCUGCUUUGAGUGCGAUAUCACCUUCAACAACAUUAACAACUUCUAUGCACAUAAGAGGCUGUACUGCUCCAGUAGGCACCACGGAGAAAGUGCCACCUCAGCUUCAGGCCCUGGAUCAACAAGGGAUGCAGCCCCAGCCACGGUGCCUUCCAGCGGGGCACACGGCUCAUCCACAUCUCCUCAGGGUGGAGCAGCAAGUAGAGCUGCCUCUGCCUCCCCUACUGACUCUGACCCUCCUGCAGGGAGUGGAGCAGCAGAAUCUAGGAGGGUGGUGGAAGUGAAGACAGAAACCCCUUUGGGGAGAGAGGGAAUAUCAUCCUCUUCUGAAGGGGAAGGCGGUGGUGGGAGUGUUGGAGGAGGAGGAGGAGGAGGAGGAGGAGGAAGAGCAAGCGAAGGCAGCCAGAGUCCUGCUAGUGGUUCUGCAGAGGACCUAGAAGACAAUCCCAAUACAACAUUCUGCCAGGCUUGCAACAUCCGCUUCAGCCGUCAUGACAACUAUACUGUUCACAAACGUUUCUACUGCGCGUCACGCCAUGACCCGUCCAACCAGCGAGCCGUACACAUGACCAAGGCAACCACCACAGCAGCCUUCCUUCCCCAGCCAAUCCGCACACGCAAGAGGAAGAAGAUGUACGAAAUUCACAUGGCCAGAACUGAAGCCUUAGCUAACGCUGCUGCUGCCGCCGCCGCCGCCACUGCCGCCGCCGCUGCCACGAUCGCUGCCUCUGCCCCAUCCCCCUCCGUACUGGGCCUGGCAGUGAAGCGAGAAGUUUCUCCCAGCGGGGCAGAUAGCUCCAGCCCAGAAGGAGAUGGCCCAAUUGACCUGAGCAAGAGGCCCCGUCUGAGAGAGGUCACACAGCACAGCAGUAGCAGUAUUCUCCCUGCCCUGCCUCUUACUGACUACCACAAGUGCACCGCCUGCAGUAUCAGCUUCAACAGCAUUGAGAACUACCUGGCUCAUAAAACCUACUAUUGCCCUGCCACCACCCUCCAGCCCCACACCUUGGAGCAGCUUCACAGGCUCAAGAGAUCGGCCUCUACCUCCCCCAAAAGCAGGUCUCAACAGGAGCGCCCAGAUCUUCUGCACCCUAUGGAGGCUAAAGCUCUACCAUCUGAGUGGGUUGCCCAGGCUCAAGGUACCUCAUCCAGUCCUCACCCCUCUGCCUUACCGGCCUCCAAUGCCACAUCUCCUCCCCAUAUGACCACCACACCUGCAGCCACCCCAGGAGCUGGAGCCAAAGGUGUAGAUGCCAGUUCCCCUCAGGUGGUCUGUCCAUACUGCCCUAACAGGCUCAUCACCUGCGACCUGAUGGAGCACUUCAAGAGUACCCACGGCCUGGUUGUAACCAUUCAGCCACCCCAGGAGGUUCUACCCCAGCGAGGCUGUGCAGUCAGCCGCAGCCCCAGCCUUAGUCCCAGGGAUGGAGCUGCUGCAGCCACCUCGAACACCCUAAACAGCCAGCCCAGACUGGUGUCCCGAGUGCACAGAGACAGCAUCAACGGGCAGGCAAGGAGCAGUACAACUUCUCCCGUCUCCCCACUGGUAAAUGGCAGCCCUUCGGCUGGGGGUGGAUCUCCGUCGGCCGGCUCACCUCUGCCCGUGUCUCCCCCAAGGGCUUCCUCUCUGACUUUGUCACCUGUGCCUGAGGUCCUGAGGGAGACGGUGGGGUCAUCCCACCUUCCAGACAAGUCCGUCCCAAGCGAGGCUUCCCAUCCCAUGUCUGGCCCUAAAACUACUGUGAUCUCCCCUGUCCAAAAUGGUAACUCCCGCUUCUGUCGGCUGUGCAACAUCAAGUUCAGCAGCCUCUCCACAUUCAUAGCUCAUAAGAAAUACUACUGCUCUUCUCACAGUGCUGAACACGUCAAGUGAGCUGCGUAAUUCUAUUCUUCUUCUUCCCUUUCCCUUCUCUUUCUGAGUGGAGGCUUUUCCUCCCUAAGUUCCAAGAAGCUCGGAUGUCCCUCCUCUUUUGCCAGUCCUCCCACAUGGGUGCCAAAAUGGCGCAUGACCAUGAAUGACAAUGAAUGACUGUUACGCAGCGUGGCGGGGCCUGUUGCCCAACUGCUCCAGAGCAGAAUUUGCAGGUGGUGUUACUAACAUUACAUGAUAUUCCUCCUCCUAUGGGUCAAAGUUUGUAGUACACUAAAAGCUGAGACAGAUGCUACCUGCACACACUGGUGUGCCCUCGUCCCCUAGAUCAUUGUACCCCAGUACCCAAUUCAACAUCUACCAAUCCCAGGCCUCACAGUUUGUUGCAUUAUGGGACGUUAAAAAGAUUAAUGUUAACAACCUCUUUUCUGUCUCUCCGUUGACCUGAAUUCACAACGGCAGUAAUUAGAUUCUGACUGCCGGAGGAAUUUCUGACUGAUGACGAUAUAGUAAGGAUGAUGCUGAUUAAGAUGAGUCUUGAGUCUUUUCCUGAGCUCUUAACGUUCCAGACCUUAACGGAGGAAUCCUUUCUCUUGUGUGGAAAAGACUUGAUCAUUGUUAAUGUUUUUAUUAUCUGUGCAUAGUGUAUGAUGUCUGAAAAAAAGAAUUCUAUAAUGCUUUUGGUUUCAACACUGGCUCUUUUUUGCUUACCAGAGAAGCUAAAGUGUUUUUAGCUGAAAAAGAAAUAUGCGGUAUCACAAUGUUACUAAUUACUGAAGGAUAAUAUUUCAAAAUGGGCAGUUUUUUCUUUUCUUUCAUACACACUUUUUUAUUUUCUCUUUAAAAUGCAAGGGAGAAAAAAAUGUGAAAUAUUUAUCUUUUAGUCCUCACUGAUUUCAUGUCAACAGAAAACUACCUACCUGGUGUCCGAGAGUAUUUGUAUUUUUUAUUUGUAUAUUUUUCAUACUGUUGGAAGGAACUGUUUGGAUCUGGGUGUGUUGAAGUGUAUUUUCUAAAUGUAGAUAUGUAAUAUCUUCUCACAGUAAUCACUGGGAUCACACUGAACUUUGUUAUCAUGUUAGCAUUUGGUGUUCUGUUUAAUUGAUGGUGAGGUCUGAAAACCAGCACUGUGUUCAUUCUCUUGUACCUUGAUGAUUAACAACAGAAUUAGACCAGAACUGCUUCCUCACUUACAGGUUUUCACGUCAGCAAGUUGAAGAGCGCUUAGUAUACUGUAUGUGUUUAUACUUUAGUGAGAAUGAAGCAGCCUCUUAAAUUUUAGGCAAUACAAAAUUCAAAUUUUCAAUCAAUCUUAAUUACCAGCCUCCAUAUCAUGCAAAGUUUGACCUUUGAGGACACACAGCUUUACAUUGUUUGUUUCAAACUGUCAUUUCAGACUUUUACUGAGGGAUACACAUCAAUGCUUCGGUGUCUAAUACACAUCUUAAAAGAUGUUGGGGUUUUAUUGUUUUUUUUUAAAUGUUUGUGUUUCUGUCCGGCAAUGAAGGCAUAGCAGGGAAUAGUCACAUCUUAGUAACACCUCACGCAGUAGAGUAAGCACAUAUUUAGUAAUCACGUAUUGUGGCCCAUGGUGGGUGUGAAAGAGAGGCUGAGCUCUUCCUCUCUCACUUUAUUGCUCUCUCACUCAUGCACACAUACUCGCACACAGUUUAUGUCACAUGUUCCCGUGCUGCUGUUGCAGAUGCAAUACAGUGUUAGCUAGAACUGUGAAAUACUUUUUUUCCAAUAUUAAUGCAAACUUGCCAAUGGAAGGCUCAUGUUAAGUCUUUAAUGCCCAGUUUUGAAUAUUGCAACCAGAUUUGGUUGUGUCCCCCCCUAAAUUCUAAAAAAGGAACAUUUCCCAUAGGAGUUUACUCUUGUCAGGUGCAAGAGCCUUUAAAACAGCAUUUGGACCGUCACACUUUCAUUCAUCAUUCAUCAUUAGGUGUGAUAGCAGCUGCUAUUACACAUUUUUGACUGUAAACCUACCAACACAGGACAGAUCUGGACCUCUGUUUCUUCAGUAAUAGCAUUAAAAGACCCACACAUACCUCUAUUAAUGUUCACCUUAUCUGUAUGUCCCCAAAACUGGAAACCACAUGUAAAAGUGAAGGAUUUUCUAAGAUAAUUACAAAUUCCUAGUUGAUUUUCUGCUCUGCUGUGGUUUAGAGCAGCACUGUAACAGACACACAUUACCACUAAGUGUUUACAAUUGUGCUGGUCUGUCUCUCUCCCUUCUUAAAAGGAGAGAUAAGAAGCAGAAGAAAGUCACAGUCAUGUCAACUAGUCACAAAUUGAGGAAGUGAGUGCUUGAACGUCAUCCUUUGAACUUACCCCCAUUUAAUUGCACUGUGUUGUAUAAAAAAUAUGCUGGAUGUUUUAGUUUUAGGGACUUUUUUUGUAAUGUAUUUAUGUUAUACAGAACUUUUCCCCAUCCAAAAUGCAUCAUCGUUUUACCUUGAAGGACUUUAUAAAAAAGUUUAACCCUUGCAUAAAACUUUGUUUUUUGUUAAUGAUUCCUCUGAUGUCCAGUCCAUAAUGGAGAAAAUCACAAUGAAUGUCAAAAACUUUUAUUUCAGUUUUUAAACUUCAUUUCAGUUUCACUACACUCUUGUCCAAACUAUGCAUGGGAAAUAAAAAAAGUUCUGUGAGACACUGAA